AUGGACGGGCCAAACAGAAGGCGCGGAGGUGAGCGAGUGGAGGGCUAUGAUGGACUGGAGGACCGUUGCGACCGCGGCUGCGACUGCUAUUGCGUGGCCGAGUGCGGAGGAGGAGACGCUGUGAUCGCUCUUGCUCUUCUUGUCGCUGCUGCUGCUGCUGUGCGGGUGCGGGUGAUGGACGCUGUUGACGAGCUGCUGCUGCGGCUACGACAGCUGCGACUGCGUCUCCUGCUUCUCCCGCUUUCUGCUGCUGCUUCUGCUGCUGGCUAUGCUGGCUAUGCGAGCUAUGCUAGUCUCGUUCCCCUGACUAGGCGCAAUCUGGGCUGGACUCUUGUGACCUGCUGCAAUCUGCAACGAGUUAAUUGGACUCUUUCCUCUCCCAGACUUCCGAACCUGUCCCAGGCCUGGCUCGUGUUGUGCGUGUGA